GCAUAGCGGAAGUUGAACAUCGGGUCUUGCUUCUUCUCUUCAUCUCCAUCGCCGGAGAAGAAGCCCUAGAUCACCGCCAUCUCAUGAGAUUCCGUUUGCUUUGAGUCUUCUUCUCCAGUCUUGGGUUUGAGACGAAGCAGUGAUUGGAGGAGAUGCCUAGGCCAAUGGUGCUGGUUUUUCUGCUGGUCUUUUUCAUUGUCACAUCGCAACUCGAGUGGAAGCAGCAACUGGCGAAGGAAUUGGAGGCGAGCUCUGGGAUUUUUCAGGAACAGCUGCACACUGCUGACAAGGAGGGAUUCUUCAAAGAGAAAAUAAUUCUAUCUCAAGAGAAAGACAUCAAGAGGUUGAAAGAGCUUGUGCAGAGUUUUCAGCACCAGUUGCUGCAAUGCCGAAUGGGCAUCAAGAUGAUAAAUCUGAGCAGAAAUCCUUCAUCAGCAAAUGCUGAUGAAAUUUAGCAGCAGCAACUUCUGUUGUUUGAUAUCAUUAGAAGAAGUUGAAAUCCAACCAAAAGAGAAGGAAAACAGUGGAUUUUUUACACCUUUAGAACUGCAUAAAUCCAGUUUAAAUCUCUUGAUUUGUAUAAUGUGAUUUUUUUAUUUUUAAAAAGAAAUGUGGACAAACCAUGAGAUGGAUUUGAACCGUCGAUGUUUGAAUUAGAAAGA